CCUCAUUUCCUCGCUAUUCCUCGUUCCUGGUGGGUCCAGUGCAUUCGCGGUAGUUCCUUAAAACUUUCGUCCCGGUGCAGCACACAGCACAUCAGCAUCACCCUCUCCACCAGAACCCCCUGUGACCUUCGCAGCAGGAGAAGCUUGGGUAACAGCAGGAGCCAUGAUCAGAGCUCGUGCCUUCGCCAGCGGCCGUAAGGCUGUUGGUCGCUAUACUGCGGUACGGAGCAUGUCGGGCACCCCGUUGAGUGUGCUCGACCCCAAGGGUAGCCCCACCAUCGACUCGGCUUACGCAAGGAUGGAGAAGAACAUCCACGCGGCCCGCAAGACCCUCGGUCGGCCACUAACCCUAUCCGAAAAGAUAAUCUACGGGCACUUCGACGAGCCAUCCACGCUGCCCGUCCGGGGAGAGACGUACCUCAAGCUCCGGCCUGACCGCGUCGCGAUGCAGGACGCAACCGCUCAGAUGGCGGUGCUUCAGUUCAUCUCGUCUGGCUUGCCGAAGACGGCUUGCCCCACCACGAUCCACUGCGAUCACCUCAUCGCCGCCGAGAGCGGAGCCGAUUCCGACAUGGCUGCGGCCAAAGUCACCAACAAGGAGGUGUACGACUUCCUGGCGUCUGCAGGAGCCAAGUACGGCAUCGGAUUCUGGAAGCCCGGAUCGGGCAUCAUCCACCAGAUCGUUCUGGAGAACUACGCCUUCCCGGGAGGGCUCAUGAUUGGGACGGACUCCCAUACCCCUAACGCGGGAGGGCUUGGCAUGUGCGCCAUCGGCGUCGGCGGGGCGGACGCGGUGGAUGUGAUGGCCGGUAUGCCGUGGGAGCUCAAGUGCCCCAAGGUGAUCGGUGUGAAGCUGACGGGCAAGCUCUCCGGCUGGACCUCGCCCAAGGACAUCAUUCUCAAGGUGGCCGGCAUCCUCACCGUCAAGGGCGGGACCGGCGCCAUCGUCGAGUACUUCGGCCCCGGGGUGGACUCGAUCUCUUGCACCGGCAUGGGCACCAUCUGCAACAUGGGGGCAGAGAUCGGGGCCACUUGCUCUACCUUCCCGUACAACUCUCGCAUGCAGGACUACCUCGAGGCAACGGAGCGGUCGGGGAUCGCGUCGGCUGCCAACUCGUUCAAGGAGCACCUCCGUGCCGACGAGGGCGCCCCGUACGACGAGGUGAUCGAGAUCGACCUCGACACGCUUCGCCCGCACGUGAACGGGCCCUUCACGCCCGACCUCGCGCACCCCGUCGGGGCCGAGUUCUCGGCUGCCGUCAAGGAAAACGACUGGCCGGAUGACCUGUCCGCCGCACUCAUCGGCUCCUGCACCAACUCGUCCUACGAGGACAUGGCCAGGUGCGCUGACCUUACGGAGCAGGCGAAGAAGGCGGGACUCAAGUUUAAGGUCGACAUGCUCGUCACGCCCGGCUCAGAGCUGGUCCGCGCGACGAUCGCCCGCGACGGUUUCACGUCAACGUUUGAGGAGGCCGGCGCCACCGUUCUAGCCAACGCGUGCGGCCCGUGCAUCGGGCAGUGGAACCGUUCCGAGAAGCAAGGGGAGAAGAACACCAUCAUCACCUCGUACAACAGAAAUUUCGCCAAGCGCAACGACGGCAACCCCCAGACGCACGCCUUCGUGGCUUCGCCCGAGAUGGUGGUGGCAACGGCGCUGGCGGGCAGCGUGACCUUCAACCCGGAGACUGACUCCAUCCCUACCGCGGACGGAGGGUCCUUCAAGUUCGAGGCUCCCUUCGGGAAGGAGCUCCCCGUGAAGGGAUUCGACCCGGGAGAGGACACGUUCCAGCCCUCGCCGGAGGAUGCGACGGGGCUGUCCGUGGCUGUGUCCCCCGAGUCGGCACGCCUUGCACUGCUGGAGCCAUUCCAGGCGUGGGAAGGGACUGAUCUCGAGGACAUGCCGGUUCUUAUCAAGGCAAAGGGCAAGUGCACGACGGACCACAUCUCUAUGGCCGGCCCGUGGCUCAAGUUCCGCGGCCACCUGGACAACAUCUCCAACAACAUGCUCAUCGGCGCCAUCAACGCGGAGAACGACGAGGUCAACAACGUGCAGAACCAGAUGACCGGGGAGUUCGGCAAGGUGCCCGACAUCGCUCGCCAAUACAAGGCGGCCGGGCUCGGGUGGGUGGUGGUCGGAGACGACAACUACGGCGAGGGGUCUUCGCGAGAGCACGCGGCGCUCGAGCCCAGGCACCUAGGGGGCAGGGCUGUGGUGGUGAAGUCGUUCGCACGCAUCCACGAGACUAACCUCAAGAAGCAGGGGAUGCUCCCCCUGGUCUUCGACAAGCCGUCCGACUACGACCGCAUCUCGGGCAAGGACAAGGUGUCCAUCAAGGGUCUCCGCACGUUCUCGGAAGGGAAGCCACUGACCCUCGAGGUCAAGCCCGCGGACGGGGGCGCGCCGUUCGACAUUCAGGUUAACCACACCUUUAACGCGGAGCAGAUCGAGUGGUUCAAGGCCGGCAGUGCGCUGAACUUGAUGAAGGCGACGAACGCGUCGGCGUAACGUAUUUUAGCUUCGGGAACAGGACUAGCGAGGGGGGCGAAGGUCCAACGGAGGGUUUCCGGUAUCACAUCGCGGGGGGUUGGAGUCGAGGUGUCCUCUCGUCACGACCAAAGGUCGUCGACAUGGGGCGGGCGGCCAGAUUAGAGCCGGCGGAAUCGAGCAUAUGCAUACGUCUGACGAGGGGAAUGGAAAUGUGGGAAUCUAAUAGGUUCAUGUUUUCUUGAUGCAUCUAUCACAAAGGGGGGGAGGCUGGGAGGUGGGCGAGGCAUAUUUCGCGGUGUCGUUUGGUCGCAAAGAGGAUAAGGCUUGUAUGUAUGCUGCUCUUGGAUUAGUUGCUUCUCUGACCAUCCGAUAGGGUGUAUGCAUACGAGAAGAGAAGGACGAGGAUCGGCAAGUUGUCGACUCGUCAUGUGCGCUUUCGAUCACGCGUGUCUCCAACUUGGACGAAAGGGGUUGACGGGGGACACGCGCAUUUUGGCGUAUGGGGUGGAUGUAUUUUGCGUACGUAUUUUCCUCCCCGCCUGCGUAUGUGUCCGCCCCGUCGAAAGAUGGCCGCAAGGAUGAUUUUGGCGUGCGCAAAGUAGGAGGGAUUCCAACUGACGAGUGCAGGUGCUUUGCUGCGCCAUGUGGGUCAGUUCAACGAAAGUGCUGCAAUACGCUAGUUUUGUUAUGUGUCGGGGGCAUCAAUCAAAUGAUUAUUAUGCACGUAUGCAAGUUUUGGGGGUAUCUUCGAGGUGGUGCGCGCGUGUUGUUGGGAGAGAUGCAACCACAAGAAGUCAUCCCAUCAACAGCAACAAAAGUGCCAGCUCCGUAGAGGGGGGUCGUUCGAGAAUAGUCAUUGUGUCAAUUCGCUGUCGACAGAACGUAAACGCAAAUGGUCGUGGCCCGUUUCAUGUCUUGCUCUCAAGCGGCACCGACGGGGGGAUGACACCCUCAACAAAUUUGCGCAUGUGCUGGAACUGCAGAAAGAAGGGCAGGCGCAUGUUGGUGUUGUGUUGAGUCCUCAAGGCCGUGGUUGCGCUAGGCGAAGUUAUCGCAGGGCUUUCCAGGAAUAUAACACUUACUCCGGAGUAAUUGUCGUACCCGGUGCAACAGCUCAAUUCAGCAUCUCAACCUCCCCAAGGUCGCACAUUUUGUCUCACGCCCACACAAUGAAAAACAUUACGUCUUGUAGAGCAGGCGCGGCCCUGCUGCCUGUAGUGUUGGAUGGUUGGGAGAGCAGCUUCUCUAAGACACACCGUAACACCCAAAACCACAAUCAGCUAUGUGUAGCCGAGAUGCUUGCACGACCACUCCGACGGGAACGGUAAGCUACACGACGGCAGGCAGAUGUACGUCCGUUGCGUUAUUUUGACAGUGAACAACGAACAGCGUGAUCAAGUUGAUUUUUUCCGUCCGAGAGUCCUAUCCCAAGAAGCAAACUCGACACCCGCCAUGCAGCGCGUGUUCUCCUUCUACUGCUGCUGCUGCAGCCGCCUUUCGCGCAGAGAGUCUGUUGUGUGUUAUGCUUGCUGUCAACCGGGACACUACGGCGGGUGUGUGCGUGUAAUCUAUCUUUGUUGUGUUAGCAAGAAGAUGAAUGAAGGACGUGGGGCAUGAUGACUCCUGCGGUAGAAAAUCAAGAGGUGGGUGAUGCGCUCCAUGAGCAACGACGAGAGCAAGGCCUUAUGGCCGUUUGUUCGGUGUGGUGUCGGUGUGCGUGCUGGUAUCUACGACAUACAUAUAUGCAUCACAGCAUCGCUCGUCUGCCGCUCGCGGCCGGGGCCCCCGACUGCUGUGCAUCCUACGUACAUACCAGGAAGCCGACUGUUUUUGCCCCAAGAACAAGAGCGGCGCGAUUACAUCGCCCUUUUCCCUUUCCACUUUUCACAACACCACACCGCAUCUCAUAGAAGCGACAGGCAAAGUGCCAAACGGCGGCGGCAGUGGGGCGACCGAUCGUCAACCCAGGCUCGAUCGUCAUGUCUUCAGCAGGAACUGGAUCACGAGGUCGCGGAAACUACGGAAGGGCCGACAGAGACAGGUCGGAUAGAUACGAAGCGCCCUCACAGCAGCCGUUCCGGUGCCAUUAGUGUGGAAGGCAUCAGAACGCGGGACACACGAGGAUCUCGAUCACAGUUAGUCUCGACCUGAAUCCUUAUGGAUUUGAUCACUUCUGCGCUCAUUGCGAUCAAUCGGAGGAGAGGAUCGAGCGGCGAGUAGGUUACGAUAGCCACGGCACAGUGGGCAACAGAGGCGUGAGUGGGAAAGAGCCGAGUUCAAGCCGUGGUAGCUCCCAGAAUCCUACAUGAGCUCACAAGUAGCAGCCGCAGCAGCAGCAGCAGCAGCAGCAGCAGCAGCAUUCGCUGGAACUGGAGUCCCCCACGCAGCAGAAGCAGCAGCAACACUGUCGGGUGGCACAUCUGAAGGUAGAGGGGCGGCGACGUCGGCGGCGGCGGGGGCGCCUGGGAUUUUUUCAUCAUGUUGUAAUUCUGGUCAAGUUUCCUCCCCUCUGUGACCGCCCGCCGUAAACAUCUCUGACGACGUUUCCCAAGCUGAUCGAUUGGCAAUUUUGGGAUGUGAUCAUAGCCUCCAAAAAACGAAGCUCAGGCACGAGAUGAUACGGCUCACAGCGGAGCAGGCUCGUUUGCCUCGAUUGCGAUGAUCGCAGCUUUGGGCCGCCGGCGCACCCGGGUGCAAGGGAUCCGGCACUUGUUGCAUCCACUGUCAGGGGAGCAUGUCCCUCACGGCGACUGCGCAAGACGACAGUUGAAAGGGGAAGGAGACCUUCGCUUGCCUCUUGUGCCCGACGCUGAUCGGUCACGAGGCCCCCUACUAUGUAUGCUCGACCAGAAGGGAGGAGGCAAGCCCUGGACGGAAAGCCCAGUGCCGGCUACCUCCACGGUGAUGGUAGCAGGUGGGUCGGCAAAGCGCAGCCGGACGGCAAUGGCGCAUGAGCUGAGCCGUACAUCCGCGACUUGAACGGAGACGGGACGGGUUAACAUGUGUCAUGAAGAAGUGUAGGUACGACAAGAGAGUGGGAUUACUCGUGUACGUGCAGGUCUUCCACUCGGUGGACUGGAUCGCGCGGGAGACGAACACUGCCUAGCACUUGAACAACAUUCCGGGGAGCCCUCCGUAAAAGCGUAGCCUAUGACCAAGCCAAGCAUGGACUGCAUCAUCAUGUCGAUGCCGCCUCCCGAUUUGUUUUGCGUUCGAAUAAGGGUAUGCACCUUCCGCCUUAAAUGCGUGUACUCUUGAAGCCUUCAUGCGCUGGUGAUUGCUUGUUGCAAGGUGUGUUUGCGCGAGCGAGCGAUUUUCCUUGUAUGUGAUGUGGAUGGGUGUGUUGCGGGGCAAGGCGACU